UUCAACUCCAUAAAAUUCCCGUGCUCCAUACACCCUAGUGACCCUACGCAUCCUGUCCAUUGAAAUUCAAUCAUACGCAUCUUCGGUGUUCGGAGUCGAAUAGAAACGAACAGCUUUGAAAACAUUCUCAGCAAUGGAGGAAAUCUCGCAAUCAUCCGCGCCACCACUUGAUUCCCUCAAACUGGCCCACAAGAUUACCGUAGUCGCCGGCGGAGAAGCUCACACUCUCACCCUCACCGAUGAAAGUGGAAAAGCUGAUGAAGGUCUCUCCUUCUCACUUGUUCCUCGUGUAAAAUUUAAGUUUACCAUGGGCUGCACAGAUUCCAGGGGUGGGAAUGUAACUGCUUUUGGUAUAAAAUGUUUUCUCUCCGCCUACUUCCACUGUUUCCAAGUGCAUAACAGAUAUCUCGCAAUUCCAGCUUGUGACAUCAAUGUCCAUCUUCUGGAUCAGACUAAAAUCGUUAAAAAUGAAGGGACGUGGAUAAUGGCAUAUGGCUGCGUCUAUAUUAGAGACGAUAGAUUUACAUCUAAAGAGUUUUAUAUCGGACUUCGUAACUUCUUGCUGACGAAGUUUAAACCAUAUAAAGUCAAAUGGAUGAAUUUCACCUAUCCACUUACAAUAACCCUGCCACCCGAAGAAGAUCCAGAUAAAAUGAUGGCUUCCAUUCCAAUCACUUCCCGAACUGCUUAUAACCCAGAGAUACCUACUCUCAUUAUUAAGGGUUUGAAUCAAUGGUUUGCUGAGCAACCUGGAUCACUUCGCAUGUUACUAGAGACUCUGGGUGUGGUUAGGUCUUUUGGUUUUGGUGAUGACGGAAUCUCGAUUCAGUAUGAAGAUUGUUACACAGCAUUGAAAUCCCUAUGUGGAUGCUCUUUAGGACGCAAGAUGGAUGUAGAAGGUGUGCAAUCUGUCUCUAUUGUUGACUAUGUUCUCACAUGGAAGGAAGAGAAGAGGGCGACAAACCUACCUUGUUGUCUCCACCCUUAAGAAGACAACCAAUCGUGUUUGACCCAAAUGACUAUGACACGUUUAUCAAGAAGAAAAGGAAACAUGUUUGACCCAAGUUGGUGAGUGCUUGGAAAUGACACAUGGUAGUACCAUAGUUGUCUCGGCGGUAAGACAAGUUGCGGCGUCAGCCAACUGCCAUAUCGCCUAGGCGACAAGGCCCCUGCCUAGACGACAAUUAGGCGACUAGUAGCACAUUAUAAAUAUUUAUAAUAUAUUAUAUAUAUUUCCGCCAACCAUUUUUCUUCUCCCCCCUGCUUCUUUCUCCUUUCUUUUUUCCUUGUUACUUUUGCCGGAGCUGUUCGACAAGUCACCCGCCAAGACGACAGUUAGGC